GUGGGGGCGCUCGAGAGCCUCUGAAGCUCAUUGCAGCACGACAGAGGAAGUGUCAUCCAGUGACGUCAGCAGCGUGUUUGUGGACAGCAGGCUGGAGGAAGAUGGCGGGCUCCAAGGUGAAGCAGGACAUGCCUCCUCCGGGAGGAUAUGCUUCCUUUGAUUACAAGAGAAACCUGCCGAAACGAGGACUCUCGGGAUAUAGCAUGUUCGGCAUCGGCAUUGGCGUCAUGGUGUUUGGCUACUGGAGGCUUUUUGGCUGGAACAGAGAGAGGAGGCGCUUGCAGAUUGAGGAGCUGGAAGCCAGGGUAGCUCUGAUGCCCCUGUUGCAGGCAGAGCAAGACCGAAGGUCCCUACGGAUGCUGAGGGAAAAUCUAGAAGAGGAGGCGAUUGUCAUGAAGGACGUUCCUGGUUGGAAGGUCGGAGAGAGCGUGUUCCACACAGACCGCUGGGUCUCCCCUCUGUCCGAGGAGCUGUUCAACCUCCGGCCCCGCGAAGAGCUUUUGCACAAGCGUUUCGGCUUCUUGUGGUACGUGUGAGCGCCACCGAAGACGCAACGCCGUCCCGAGCUCCACCGCCUUCCACCGCCAGCACCACGUGGACCUGAGCCCUCGCUCAAUUCAGCUUGUAAAUGUUCAAUAUUAAAGUAUCUUUUUUCUGUACCUCA